AUGCUUGGAAUGCUUCGUCAUGACCUUCAACAAUGCUUACCUGAAAUACCAAGUAAAAAACCUAAAGUGGAUAAUAAAGAUUUACUUGAAGAUUCUACAAGUAAUGAUAUUGAAAGUGCCAAUGUUGAUCCCUAUUUUGAGGAAGAAUUCGAUGAUGAGUUUUUGCAAAUUAACGUUGAAGAAAUAAAUAUGACGGUGAUUAAUGAGAAUGGACUAGCAAUAAAUAAUUUUUUUGAUAUUGGAAUGUCCGAACAGGAUCAAAUGGAAAUAAGUGAAAAAAAUUUGACCACUUAUUCUCAAAGAACUACUAAUAGUGGUGAAGAUUGGUCAAUCGACGAUAUAUUUAAAUCAUGCAAUAAGUUUUAUUCUUUUUGUUGGGAUAGG